GGGGCGGAGGUAACGAGAAGCGGCCGGCGGUGGCUGCCCGAGGCUCCUCUCCCCCCGCACGCAGAGCUCGCGACUGGGUGCAGCGAGAAGGCGCCCUGGGCCGGACCAGCUGCGCUCUGGACUCGGCCGCCGCCGUCUGGAUCUCCGCGAGCAGGUCCCCGCCGCGCUCAGCCCGAGCUCGGCCACCAUGGAGGCGCAGGCACAAGGUCUGUUGGAGACUGAACCCCUGCGAGGAAGAGAUGAAGACGCAGUAGCCAGUGCUGACUUCUCUAGCAUGCUCUCUGACGAGGAGAGAGAAGAGCUAAAGGCAGAAUUAGUUCAGCUGGAAGACGAAAUUACAACAUUACGACAAGUAUUAUCAGCGAAAGAAAGGCAUCUGGUUGAGAUAAAGCAAAAACUCGGCAUGAACCUGAUGAAUGAAUUAAAACAGAACUUCAGCAAAAGCUGGCAUGACAUGCAGACCACUACUGCCUACAAGAAGACACAUGAAACCCUGAGUCACGCAGGGCAGAAGGCAACUGCUGCUUUCAGCAAUGUUGGGACGGCAAUCAGCAAGAAGUUCGGAGACAUGAGGAAUUCUCCUACUUUCAAAUCAUUUGAGGAGAGGGUUGAGACAACUGUCACAAGUCUUAAGACGAAAGUAGCCGGGACGAACCAGGGCGGAGGCAGCUUCGAAGAGGUGCUCAGCUCCACCGCCCACGCCAGCGCGCAGAGCUCGGCGGGCGCCCCCCGGCGGGCGGAGGAGGAACUGCAGUGCUAGGGCUGCCAGCCCAAGCCCAUCACCCCGCGCACCCACACGGAUAUGAAGACCAAAAUCCCACUGGCAGAACCUAGGCCUUGACCUUCAAAUGGCCUCUCCACAAAGUUUCAUAAAGUGAUUUCCAUUUGUAUUUGUGUUGAUAAUGGACCAUUCGACCGCACCCUUAAGUAGUCACAGGUGGUCAUCUUUUAAAAUGUCCUGAUUUGAGCAGGUACAAAAUUGGUCAUGACCCUUCUUUUUGUGUAGUUCAGACAUAUUUUUCAAACAUAAGUUAAUGUUUGCUUUGAUUUUUGCUUGAACGCCAUUACCAUACGCAUGUCUCUGAAGGCUGAGUGAGCACCCCCUUCAGUUCAGUCUGUCCACUGGGGGGCGCUGCCUCUGUCCCCAUCAAUAGGAUGACGAUGCAAAUUUCAUCAAACUGCUUGUGGUCCGCCUCACCUACAUUAAUUACACGUUUAUUUAAGCAAUUAAAAUAAUGGAUUUUAAUGAU